AUGUGCUAUGGCUAUAACCCAGACUUUACAGUUGGGAACACCAAGGAAAGCCAUGUCCCUAAAGCCAACAACCUAGCAGACUUCCUGAAAGAGAUCCAAACUGAAGCAAAAGCUGCUUUAGAAAUUGCCACAAGACAAAAUGUGCAAUAUUAUGAUCUUAACAGAAGGGAAGCAACCAAGCUGGAAGUUGGAGAUAAAGUCUACUUGAGUAGUACCAACAUCAAAACUUCAAGGCCUUCCCAUAAGCUAGAACAUAAGCAAUUGGGACCCUAUAAGGUCUUGGAGAAGAUUGGCAGGAACUCUUAUAGACUGGACCUUCCUAAAUCCAUGAAAGUCCACCCUGUAUUCAAUAUUGCCCUAUUACACAAAAAACCAGUAGACAAAUACAACUGCAAUCCAAUCCCACUUCCCCCAGUUGUCACAGCUGAUGGAGAAGAGGAGUACACCAUAGAAAGGAUCCUAGACUCCAAGAAAUUGGGGUAUGGACCAGAGGAUAACACAUGGGAGCCCAAAGCCCACUUAGCCAAUGCCCCUGAGAAAUUGGCCAAGUUUCACCAUGAACAUCCAGAGGCAGCUGGACCUUAA